UCAGUGAAUCCAGCCUGAAUGUGUCCAAAAAACUUAAGUCUCUUCACAUCACAGUCGUAAAAAAAAUAGUGUUACCUAGCGAUGUAUCUGUGAGAAGCAGACAUUAAAAAUUGAAGAAAGUGGCAGUGAACAGUUUUGAACAGAAGCAAUUAACGAAAUGGUGAUUAAAAAAAAUCGAGCAGAGUUGAAGAUUUCGUACAUUAAAUUGACAGGCUCCAUUCACCACUAAGCAGAUGAGAAAGUGGCUGUAUUUCAUCUGGCUUGUUUACCAAGGAGUGGCUGUUAAAACAAUAGAUGUUGUAGAGAAGCCUGUUAAAAAAUAUGAAGAACUAGAGCUUGGCUGUGGCUGCUCUUCUAAUCAAAAUGUGACUCUCGUAUGGAUUAAACACACCAGUGCCAAUGUGACAAUUGUCCAGAGUGCUAAUGAUUUAUGGGGCCCUAAACUGAUCAACCGAAAUGAAAUACUUCUCUGGCAAAAGGUUACCAAAGACGGCACCAGUUACACUUGUCUAUCCCAGCAUACUAAUGGAUCCACUGUCAUAUGUGGAUCUUACGCUGUCAAAAUGUAUGAUUGUGAAGAUUCGAGAACAAUAGAGCCAGAGAAUGUGAUGAACCUUGAUGUGGGGGGUUCAGCAACGUUCACCUGCACUCAACACUUCCCAUGUGACAACUUUAGUGAUCAUCACUCGGUUACCAUGACAACUGAAAUUAAAAACCACAAUGUGCGAUGUUCAGUCAGUAACUACAGAUUGAAACAAACAUGCGAACUGCGGAUUUCAAACUUGAUUGAAGAAGAUUUUGGGAGAGCUGUAAAAUGUGUUGUAAAUGACAGUGGGCGAGUUUCCAUUCUUCAGGCAUUUCCUUUUAAGAAAGAGAUCAAUACUCUAACAGAAUCUGGAUCCAGUUUAAUCAUGCCCAUCGUAUUAGCUGUUCCAUUGAUUCUACUAGUUAUUGUAUUUAUUGUGGUAUUUUACAAAAGGUGCAAUUACACACUGCAGAGUAAAUACUCCAUCUUUAAUUCACACAAAGAGAAGAACAGAAAAGUGAUGGUCUAUACCUUUAAUGAUGAAGAUUGGAAGGAAGAGUUACCCCUCUUGGAAAAACUGCUAGAAGAUUAUGUUACUGCCACCAUACAUGAUGUUAAACCUGGACAGAACAUAUUAGAAGGAUUCAGUGAAGAGGCAAAAACAUGUGUUGCUAUAUUAAUUGUGGUAGACAUGGGGUCCCUUGCACAGGAUGAAUCAUACAAGAACAGAUUCCACAAUCUGCUAAAAUGUGAUGCUGUGAAGGGGAAAUCUGGAAUCCUGCCAUGUUAUACAACAAUUUUGUAUGUUCAUCAAAGCUGUCAUGAAUACACUUACGCCAAAGAUAAGCAGGAGAAAAAGUUUUACUCCAUUGAUAUUAAACACAAAGAGGAUGCCCAAAUCAAAAGAAAACUUUUGAAAAGGUUACCCAAAAAAAGUUCUGCCAGUGAAGUACAAAGCAAAAACAGUUAUAGUACAUUUGUUGUUGAAAAUCCUGGGGCACAGGCACCACAAAGUUAUUCUAGAAUGGAAAGUAAUAAUAGCACCUCCCCUCUUGUCCCCUAAAAAAGGUUUGGAUUCCACUCCAAUCACUCCAAUAGAAAUUGAUGAAACUGAAAUAUAUACUAUCCAGUUCUAACCAGUUUAAGAAUUAUCUACCCAUGCAUUUAUAUCCACAUCACUUCAAUUUUAAAAAUGUAUUUGAAAAGCAUUGAUUAACUUAUUGAAUAUCAAUUUUAUUUCUGAUACAAUCCAAGAUAAAUAAUGUAAUUGAAAUGUAAAUGUGAUUUAUAUAUAUAUAUUAAAUAUAUACAUGUAUAUUACCUGGUUCAUCUAUAUGAUAUCUUCAUACCCACAUGAAAUUCCAGUAAAAGCAUUUAAUUGUUUAUUUUAAUGCAGUUGAUCCAGGUUUAAUUUGCAGGGCAUUGUAGUAGUUUAAUUUAUAUAUGUACUAGCUAUCUGCAUGUUUUAAUUGGCAACCAAAAUUUGAGUGUCAUUCUUUGAGUUAUCAGUGAGUUACCUAGCUUAUAGUUCCUUGCAGUGUUAACAAAGUUUUUGUUUACAUUUGAAUGUUGAAGUGAAAAUUCCAGUUUUAGACCUAAAAUGAAUGUGUUAAACGUUGGGAACUGUUUAUUUAUGCUUAAAAUGAAUUAAAAGAUAGAAAAACAG